UAGCUCUUAGUGAUUGCCUUGUGCAACACAAGAACCACGACUGUUUUGAUUGACCAUGCGGAUGGAGUUUUUGAGUGAUAAUAAUAACUUACGAAAAUUUUAUCAUUUAGAUUUUCAUAUACGAAGGCGUUCGUGUUUAAAAAAAUUUAAAAGAUAUAAAAGUAUAGGUCAAUUGAAAUAAUAAUGCCGAAGAAAAACAACAAGAGGGGGAAGGGGGUAAAACCUAAAGCAGGGUUAGAAUCCUUGCCAGUCAAUAGUGAUGAUGACAGAGAGACUGCUGAUAAUUGGAGUACAGCCAGCGUAUUGUCCGAUGGGGGUUGCAGCAGCAUAUCAGAGGAAGGUGCAGGACCAGAUGAGUCAACAGCUCAAGAGAAUUUUGAGGACAAACUCAAGGACUGUAUAGAUGCACUGACUGAAAAGAGUGCCCAGAGCAGGAAAACUGCUCUAGACGGAGUACUGAAGGCGUUGUCCAAGAAGUACCUGUUUGAUUUCCUCAUGGACAGAAAAAUGACCUUGUCAGACAACCUACUGAGAUGUCUUAAGAAAGGAAAGGGGGAGGAGCAGGUGCUUGCGGCCCACUGUCUGAGUCUGCUGUGUAUUCAGAUGGGACUGGAGGCGGAGGAUGUGUUCAACGAUAUACAGCCCCACCUACUGUCAGCCAUGAUGGAUAAAUCUGUAGCCUCCAAGGCCAGGUCUCAGUGUGCAAUUGGUUUAGCUGUCUGUAACUUUGUGUCCUGUACUGAUAUUGAUAUUGUAAUGAAGGUGUUGGAUGCAUUGGAGGGUAUAUUCAGGGCCUCCUACAGAAAAGGAGACAAAUCCAUUCCCUCUCACCCACCUGAGAUCUCGCACCUCCAUGCCAGUGCCUUGUCAGGAUGGAGCCUUCUUCUGUCGAUAGCUCCGACAUAUUUAGUCAUGAAGCUCGUGGAGAAACACAUAGAACACCUUCCUGACCUCUUGCACAGCUCCGACGUGGAACUGAGGAUUGAAGCAGGGGAAACUCUCGCACUUCUGUACGAACUUGCCAGAGAAAAAGAUGAGGACUUUGAAGGGAAGGACAUUGAUGGUUUGUGUGAGACCUUGAAGAAGCUGGCUACAGACUCAAACAAAUAUCGUGCCAAGAAAGACCGACGACAACAGAGGUCAAGCUUCAGAGAUGUCCUGAGGGCAGUGGAGGAAGGUGAUCUACCAGACUUUACAAUUAAGUUUAAAACUGAAUCGAUGCCAAUUGAUUCCUGGACAAAGAAAAAACAGUAUGACGCCUUCUGUUUGGCAUUGGGGUCAGGAGUCUACCAGCAUUUACAGGAUAAUAUGGUUGUUAGGGAAGUCUUUGGACUCGGGGUUCCUAUUCCUGUCGGAGCAAAACCAGUUCAGAAAGUUACUAAAUGGGAAAGGACCCACUACAACGCUGCUGCAUUUAAAGCUCUCACCAAAGUCCGCUCCAAGCACAGAGACAAGCGUUCGGUCAUCGUAAACGGGGAUUAACCGGCUGUGAAUUCGUCGAACCAUGCUCUGUCCACUUCAGCUGAUCCUCUCCAGCUGGACUUCUAUUUAUCUGUGAUUUCAUCAUCCUGUGAUGUCAUUGAUGAUGUCACUCCAUCAAACUCUGAUGUAAAAUGAUCUUGGUAAAAGACAUUCAUCAACAAUGUUUGCUGUGUUGAAAAUUUGAGAUCCUCAUCAAACCAUGCUAUAUUUUAUGUGCAGUAAAACCCAGUAUUUAUUGACCUCAGUUUCUCAUUUUGUAUGCAGCGUAAUACACCCAUGUUCAUUAUCAUACAAGUUGUCCCAGGUACAUUUGCCUUCUUCCCUUUUUGUUUUCGUUUGUUGAAUCACACAUAGGUGAAAUAAUUUUCUUGUUUUUACGUACACCAUAUUUCCAACAAUGAAGCCAUUUUAAUUGCAUAUGUGUGAUUUUAAUUUAUUUUGAAAUGCUAAUUUUGUAAUGAAUGUUGUAAAAAAUUGAGAGCAAUUUACCAAAAGAUCACUGUAUUUUCAUAAUCAUUACCAUUCAGAAACUUAGAUUUGACUUUGCCCACGUCAUGAACAAGGUAAUGCAAAUGCUUUGGUUGGGAAAAAAUCAUUAAGACAAUUCUCUGUUGGAAUGUGAUGUUUGGAUUUCAUUGUAUCAGAUUUCAUUUAAUAGCCAAAUGAUCGUGUACAUGUAGAGUGUCAGUGCAUGUUAAGCGAAAUCUUCAACGUCGCUCUCCCCCAAAUGUUUCAGUUAUCCCUGUAGAAUUUAGUCAUGUUAGAGUAUUCAGUAUAGAACUUUGUCUUUCAUUGCCAUUCCAUACAGAAUUAAUUAUUGGUUUGGAGUAGUGAUUUUAUGUAAGAAUUACAAAUGUAGAUAUGCUACAGUUCUAAAAUUGAAUGUAUCGAUUUGCAGAUAUUCACUUGACAUUAAGUUUUCCUAUUGCAAUUCAUUGAGUUUUGAAUGAGGAUUGAAGGAUUGAUGUGAUGGAUUGAAGAAAAUUGCAUAAUUUUUUUUUUUUAAGGUGUAUGUUCAAAUUCAAUUUGUUAAGCACACUUGAUACCAGAUGGUAAUUAAAUUAUGAAAAUACUUUCCUAAAGUAUGAAAGUAGUGUUUUUCUGUCAUCUCUUAUAUUUUGUCACAGGUUUUCCCAUAUUUUCUUUAUGCUGAUAUGAAAGUAAAAUUUUUAUGUUAUAAUUGGGUGUGACAUGACUAGCAUAUUGAAUUCAUUGCUUAAAUCGGUUUCACACUGGGCAUGUCAUUCUUUUUGAAUAAACCUCAAUUGCAUAUAUAUAUA